CCGCCUUUAUUCUGCGCAUGCGUCAGUUCGUGCUGGACUCUGGAGUACUGAGCGUUGCGGCGCGGCGUCGUGGCUGCACUUGUGACGACAUGGCGACAAAGUAUCAUGUUGUUACGUUCGUAAAUUCUAAAAGUGAGAAUGAAACUAAGUAUGCCUUCGUGCCGGAAUCGUGGGUGAAAGUUCAUCGUCUGACGGAUAACACGGCUGUGAUCGUUUACCCCAGCGAGGACUCAUCGAUUGAAGAGCGAGUUAGGAAGAAUGAGAUACCAGCGGCGGACUGGAAGCGGCAUUUGUGCGAGAUUGUAUCUAGUACUAAUGAUGUCAACGAAGCAGUUCUUUCCACGUUGCGGUACACAAGCCUAGGAUCAGCCUCAGUAAAUAAAGGUGUCAAAGCGAAUAAACAUAAAUCAAACACUAUAGACUUGAAUAAGGAACUGUCGAGCAGUAAGAAGCCUCGUAUCACAUCUCAAGUUCAAAACAAUAGAACACCAAGCGAAGGACCCAUGGGAUCUUCUACACCUAUAGCUAAAAAUAAUACAACCAAUACUGAAAAAAAUGUACACGAAAAUACAAGUUUAAUAAAAUCACUUGCAUUUUCUAACCCUAAAAAUAAUAAGAACCCGCAAAAUGAAAUUAUAUCCAAUGAAAAAGAAGACACUACACCAUAUUUAGUAAAGUCUUCAUAUUCUGAUAACAAAAAACAUGAAAAUAAUAUACCAAAAUCAAUACUAAAGUCUCCCGAAAUAGUUUCUACGCCUCAAACUAAGGAAAGUACACUAAAUCAAGAUAAUACAUUUAGUGGAGUAAAGCGUAAAGUCCAAUUUGAAAUGGAUAAAAAUACGCAACAAUCACAAGAACCCACUCAAUUUUUUAUGCCUCAAGUUAAUGAUGGAGUUAUCGAUAAUCGACACAAUUUAACUAAAGACGACUAUAGCUUAGUUAUGAUUAAAAAUGACGAACAAAAUAAUAAGGCACUGUCUUCAAAAGAAUCCAUUGAUUUUUCAGCAGUUGACAAUUGUACAAAAGAUGAAUUAGUGAAAAAUCUAAAUAAGCCACCAAUUUUCAAUGCAUCUAGAUUGUCAGCUGAUAAAUUUGUAAAACCAAAUACGCAAAGUGAACCUGCUGAUGAACGCAUCAUUGAUGAUGCUCAACGUCCAACAAAUGAUGAAUUUUCGAUGACGAAAUAUAUCGAAAUACACGAAAAUACUUUACCAAAAUCAACUGGAUCUGCUCAUGUCAUUGAAAACAACCAAACGAAUAUCAUCGAAGGAAAUAAAAAGCGCAAAUUCUUGGAAAAAAUUGGCUCUAUCAUCUAUGAAAUGCAAAAGGGGACGAUUGAAAUUAUAAAUGCAAUGAAUGAUUACACAUCGAAACAUUUAGAUAUUGCCAUCAACGCAUUGAAACAACCAAAUAUUGGCAAUAAACCUGAGCAAAACAAGGAACACAGGAUACCUACUUUAAAUCAUUAACAUUCAGGCCUAGGACUUAUAGAUGCCAUGGAAAAUAGCAAGGUCUAACUCAACCAGGCAGGACUUCAUCACGUUUACGGCAAA